GAGGAGCGCGCUGCCUGGGCGCCGCUCGCGCACUUUUGGGCUCCGCGUCGGCUCGGCCCGGCCGGGCGCGUGGCGACGGCUCCGUGCAGCCUGCUGGCGAAGUUUCGCUGGUGUAGUUCGGCCGCUUUGCCCCGGAGAGGGGCAGGACACGAAUGGAGCCGGCGUCACCUGGUGGAGAAGGCGCUCCCUCCUAGAAGACCCCCUUCCGAAGGGCUCGUCCCCGUAGGGUCAAAGUGCUUUCAGUGCAGCAAUAAAGCUGGAUACAGGAAACGGAGUCAUUAAUGACAGACUGUCCUGCAGGCUGUGGAACAUACAUGGAAUGCAAAGCUUCUCACUGAGAGAUGAUCCGCUGACAUCACAGCAGCUUCUGCCCUGGAAAGGAGCAGGUCAGCAGUCCAGUGUUACUGUCUGUUGGAUGACCAGGGAACAGAUCACAGCAAACAGAGGACUUCGCUUACUCAUUAGAAGAUACGAGGACACUCACUGAUACCAGCAUGUACGGCUUGUCAAAAAAUCCACAGGCCAUCAUUUGCGAGUCUGUGUGCAGGCGAAGACCUGCUGCAGUGCAGGAAUGGAGGAGAACUUUAUUCUGAGGAGCAAACAUGAGUUUGAGAAGCUCCUGGACCAGGCCACUGAGGAUUUGAGGAGCACUUUUAUAUCCAGGCACAAAAGGUUUGAUGAGUUCUUCUUGGAGCUCCUGGAAAACACAGAGCAUUCCCUGAAUGACAUGUUUGUCCGGACAUAUGGAAAACCCUACAUGCAAAAUGCUGAGGUCUUCCAAGGCCUGUUUGCUGAGCUCAGACGUUACUACACAGGUGGCAAUGUCAACCUGGGCGAGAUGCUCAAUGACUUCUGGACACGUCUGCUGGAACGCAUGUUCCAGCUGCUCAACUCGCAGUAUGUUCUCACUGAAGACUACCUGGAGUGCAUCAGCAAGUACAUGGAUGAGCUCAAGCCCUUUGGUGAGGUCCCGAAGAGGCUGAAGUCCCAGGUGACCCGGGCCUUUGUCACCGCGCGCACCUUCGUCCAGGGUCUCAUGGUCGGCCGGGAAGUAGCGAACAGAGUAUCCAAGGUCAGCAUGAGCCUAGUGUGUAUAAAAGCUGUCACCACACUGCUGUACUGUCCGUUCUGCAGUGGCCAGUUCACAGCCAAGCCCUGCAGGAACCACUGCCUGAGUGUCCUGAGGGGCUGUGUGGCCGGCCAGGCCGACCUGGACCCCGAGUGGAGACAGUACAUCGAUGCCAUGCUACUUCUGACAGAAAAGCUGGAGGGACCUUUCAACAUAGAGUCUGUGAUGGAGCCAAUCGAUGUGAAGAUCUCAGAGGCCAUCAUGAAUAUGCAAGAGAAAAGUGUGCAGCUCUCCUACCAAGUUUUCCAAGGAUGUGGCCAGCCCAAGCCCUCUGGAAUGAGCAGAUCUGCCCGCGGCGUCUCGGACGUUUUUAAUGCCCGCUUCAGACCCUACAGCGCCGAGGAGUUGCCCACGACCGCUGCUGGCACUAGCCUCAACCGUCUGGUGACUGACAUCAAAGAGAAGCUGAGGGAAUCCAAGCAGCUGUGGUCAGUGUUGCCUGAAGUCGUGUGUCAGGAGGAGCAUGUGGCUGCUGAGGGGUCAGAGGAGGCCGCCUGCUGGAAUGGGCAGGAGCACAGCGGAUCUGUCCCUAAAGUCCUGAAAGAUGAACUCACUGACCAAGUGAAUAUCCCAGAACCAGGGCUGGACAUCAGCAGACCGGAAUCUCUCAUAAGACAACAGGUCAUGGCUCUCAGAGUGAUGACCAACAAGUUAAAGAAUGCAUACAAUGGCAAUGACAUGUCCUUCCAAGACACAAGUGAUGAAAGUAGUGGUUCAGGCAGUGGCAGCGGUUGCAUAGAGUCGUGUGUCACAGGGCCCAACGUUCCCAUCACACACGUUCCUGUCGUGGAGCCGGACCGACGCGCCGAGCCGUCUUCCGCCCGGCGGCUCCCUCAGCCCUGCCUGCUGUUUGCUGUCCUCACAGUGCUGUACCUCUGCAGAUAGGACCACACGGGCAGGCUUCAACACCAACCGCCCCACGCCCGAGAGCGAAACAAGCCCCAGGCGUCCUCCUCCUCAAACAGGAACCGGCUGAAGGCCCGUAGUACGCAAGCAACUUUAAUGAGCAGUGAAUCUGAAGCUGUGCUUCACUCAUGCAGUGUAUUUACAACAUGUUUGUGUUUACAGUGUACGAUGUAAUCACUCACAAUCAUUAUCUCGUCAUCACAGUCACCUGAUUCUCCUCCUCGGUUCAACACGGGCUCGUGUCAUUUUAAAGGGAAAUGCCACAUAUAUGUAUAUAUACAUUACCAGUUAAAAGUUUGGACACAUAUACUCUUUGAUUAUUUUAGCAUUUUCUACAUUUUACAAAAUGAGUAAAGGUAUAAAACAAUGAAAUAACACAUAUGUGAUUAUGCUGUGUUAAAGAAAUAUUGUGAUUGUUUAAUAUCUACGUAUCCAGCCUUUACUUUGAUGACAACUCUGCAUGUACUUGUUGAUUGUGAACCAGCUUUAUAAGGCACAGAUGACAUCUCACAUUUGUGUACGUGAAACACUACAGCUCUGAAUGAAAACUAUUUGUUGAGGGGGUGUUUAAAAUGUAUUUAAAAUUUUAAUUGUAUUAUUAUUUUAUUUUAUUUAUAAAUAUAUAUUUUGUUUUGAAACUUAAUUCCUAUAUAGGUUAAUAACUUUCACUAUUAAAAGUUGUUUUAAAAAACAUUUAGGCCUAAAGCAUUAGAUUAUAAUGCCCCUAAUGAAAGCUUAACAUUCAGUCAGGUGUGUCCAAAUGUUUGACUGGUACCUCAAGCACAUUUUAAAUUGUGUUUUAAGAUGAUUUAUCAGGGCAUGUAAGUACCAUGGUACCAUUGUUAAUUGGUUACUUAGUUAAUUGGUUAAUUGGUUAAUUCUUCCAAGCGUCUGAAUUUGGCUGCUUUUUGUUUUUUUCUGUCUGAGUAACCCACACAGCUCUAGUGGUGCAGAGGAGGGACUCUGUUCAUUCUGUAAGUGAGUUGAUGGAGGUUUGAACCUUGUGAGUGUGUGUUUGUUGGUAUGGUGCUGGACUAAAGGGCAGGGUAGUGGCAGGCUGCCCAGGCGGCCGUGCCAGCAAGGAGGCCUCAUCUACCUGCACUUUUGCACAGUACUUCAUUCAACCCUUUUUGAAGUGUUUCUGAUGUCAUUAUUUGGGUCAGUGUAAACCUCAACACACAAAAAAACAUGGUUAGGCUGGCAACUACAAAAAAUGAAUCUUCUCAAUUUGUUGCAUGUUUUGAAGCCUUUAUACCUACAAAUUGCACUAUUUAUGUACCAAGGAAGCCAUUAGAUUUUCCUCUACAAUAAUUUGUAUCUUCUGCAGAGUUCUUCAGUGUACUUACCUUAUCAGAGGUUGCGGUUAGAAUACUCAGCCUGCUACAGAAGUGCUCUCACACUCUCUCUCUUUCUCUCUCUCUCUCUCACUCCCUCACUCUCUCUCUAUCCUUGUGUGUGUGCUGGGUAGAAGAGCUCACUCACAAUGAUCAGGGAAACAUGGUGGGAGUAGAGUGUUUAUCUCUCAGAGCCAUAAUUAUACUGUCAAGUCGAAAAUGGUUGUAGGGGAAUUUGUUGUAAUAGUAGACAUAAAAAUCUAGGAUUUACUUUUCCCUUUGAGACACAUCUCUGUACUCAGUACAUACACUAACCCUCAGGCCUACAGUAUCUGUUAAUAAUGCUGUGGUACAGAAGGAACUAGCAUUGUGGAGCUACACCCACAUUAUCACAUGCUGUCAUAAUGUAUUGCUUUUGUUAAUCUGUAACACAUAUGUGAAGGGAUCAAAUAUAUCUGAAGCAAGAAUAUUCUCAUACGUGGACCAAAAGCUGGACAAAAAUCAUGUCACCUGGACAUCAGAAGAUUAAAGAGUCUAUAUUAUACUUCACAAAACUUCAAAUACAAUUUUCUCCUUCAUUAUUUUCUUUUAGCAAAUGCCACAGUUGAGUAUGUCUGCUGAACAUUUAAAAAGUUUAGUCUUAUUGAAAAUGGUGUUAAACUUGCCCGCAAAACGAUACUUGAGUAAACGUAAAAUAUUUACUUGUGUAAGAGUAAAAUGUAAAGUGUUGUCGUGUUCUCUCCAGACUCCAGGACUGUGGAGGGGGAUGGUUGCUUCAUUCACUGCUCGUCUGUGCUCUGAAUAUCUGCCUGUGCAGAGCAGCGCUGCAAUAACACCCAACCACACAGCAGCUCCAACGUUAGGACUGACUGACGGACGUUUAUGUGGUUCUGUAUGUUAUAAAUGCUUCAUGAUGUCUGAGUGACUCCUGCAGAAUGGAAAGACACGAUGAGCUCAUACUCCCCUGCUCAAACCUUCCAAAACAAAAUCUGAUAUAUAAUAAACCUGAUAUAUAAUAAAUCCAAUAUACAAUCAACCUGAUAUAUAAUAAACAUGAUAUAUAAUAAAUAUUUUUCUGACCUUUCAUAUGUACAGUAGACCCUUAAAACAUUGUUUUAACUUUAGUAUUAUGUGAAUAUAAAUGAUCUUUUUUAUGUUGUGGAGGAAAGUAAACCAAUGUCUCUGCUGGACGUUACUUAAUACCACAAUGUUAAAGCAAAAGGGUCAUUUUAUUAUAUCUUCUAAGUGCAGUUAUAGUUCUAUAGAUUAUGAUAAAGUGGCGAAGACUUUUCUGGAUUGAAUAUAGAAAUGUAUUUAAUUACUCAUGCUGCUCUCAUUCUGAGAUUAAAAUACAAUAAUAAU